AUGUUUGAGGUUCUCAAUCAGAGCCUUCAUUUCAACGGUGUCGUCACGGGCAAGCACAUCGCUGACAUACGGGAAAAGAUUGCCACAGCAGCCUUAGCAAGCAACACCGCACUUUGGAACUUGAGCUGCCAGGAGGCCAGGUGGGUACAGCUGAGUACCAGCCAGUCUCCGCCACCAAGUGCGCGAGAUGGAGCUUCGCUGGUCGUGGCCAACGGUGCCGAGGCAUAUCUUUUUGGAGGCCGAGGCGACGGCCCAAUCCGGCUGGGCGAUUUCUGGAAGCUUACCGUCCAGGCAGACGAUCAAGCUCGGUGGACGCAAAUCACCCCGAUGAUUGGCACGCCACCCUCACCAAGGCAGAACCACGUGUCUGUUUGGACCGGAUCCAGUCGAAACAGUAUCUUGAUCUUCUCCGGCUACGAUCUGCCCACCUACGACUCCGAAGGCAUGAAUGAUCUGCACGAGUUCACUUUGGACACCAGCACGUGGAGUGAGCUGAUUCCGAAUGGCGCAGCUGGAUCGCCAGCGAAACGUCUCCUUGCCUCUGCAAUCUGGGUCCCAGGCCGUGGUAUGCUAAUGCACGGAGGACUCGAUUAUUCCGCCAACUACCAUAGGUUCGCAGACCUUUGGGAAUUCUCAUUUUCCCAAUCCCAAACCGGCAGUUGGUCCCUGCUGGAAGACGAUGUUCCAUCAGGACGUAGAAGUGAGCAUGCGGCGGUUUGGGCUUCCAACCUUGGCAGCGGAGGGAAGAUGUUGAUUUACGGCGGAAAUAAUCGUGACGGAACUUCCAUUUAUGCAAUCACAGGUAGCACUUGGGCCUACGACCCCAAUGUAGCCGGCGGUCAGUGGGUCGAGUUGGAUUAUGGAGCUUCCCGGUCUCCCACAUCGGCCGCAUGGUCCCCAACGCGAAGAUCCAUGCGCGUUUUCGGGGGUAGAGACCUCGCAGACGAGCAAAACGAUGUGCGAGAGUGGAGCAGCGACGGCGGCUGGAAACUUGUGGAUUAUCUAUCCGGCACAGAUCCGCCGAAACGCCGAUUUCACAGCACAGUUUGGAUGGCGCGCGAGGAUGGAUCUGAGGCGGGCAGCUAA